AAAAGAGAACGAACUAGAAAAAUUUGGAAGGUUUAGUUUUGGAAUACCAGGAAAGAGAACUUCAGAACUUCAAAAUCAGUCUAAAAAUUCAGGAGCGAGGGAUUUGGAGUCGAAAAAAAAAUAUCUUGAAAACAUGGACUUUGAACUAGCCAAGAGAAAGUUUCCUAAUGAAGUAGAGAACAACAUCAACAUUCCUAUAGGUUCAAAAUUUGGUCAACCUAAAAGCAAUCAGAAAUCUUGUGAGAAUUUAAUGACAAAAAUUGCUUUUCUCUUGAAAGAGGCGCAAUUUUAUUCCAAAAGACCAUGGAUAAAAGAGAUUGGACGCGUUGGUAAAAGAGACCCAAAUUUAGUAUACAAAGUGACAGGAGAUACAACUAACAUCAGCAACCCUCUAGAAUUAAAACAGGAAUCAAGGACAAAAAAACCUAAGUAUUCUAGGGUUCAACCCUUUUUCAGAGUAAUGAGGAGCUUGAAUCAAGUGUCUGGUGCUGCAGGAGAACACAGCUUUAAAAAUAAGGAAAAGUAUCAUCAUGAAACACAAAGAUCGAACAAUUCAGUGGAAAAUGAUGAAAACAAGAAAACACCAAUAACAUUAAAUAGUUGGGAGGAACCGGAAUCUAUAACUUCGACUCAACCAAUUGAAACUCAGACCAAACUGUUAAAAUUAGUUUUUAACGAAAUAACAAACUUUUUGAAGGAGGAAAUUAUCAAAGAUGCCGAAGAUGACGAAGAUGACGAAGAAAUGAAAAUUAAGAAAAAUUCUUUAAUAAGCAAUCGGUGGGGUAAAAGAUCCAACAAUCUCAUUUUCUCAGAGACAAAGCAAGAAAAGCAAGUUCUUCCUAAGCGAUCCGUAGUGGGAUUAAACCAAUGGGGUAGGAAAUAAACUAUUCAUUAAUGUCAUUUUUAAAUGUUUGCAUUUAAGUUUCUAAAGAGGCUGGAUAACUUAUCUAAAUGUUUGAUUAUAUAUAUAUUUGGUUUGUAUGAUGUAAUGUGACCAAUAUGAAAUAAAAUAACCC